AUGGGGCCAAGCAGUCCAAAGGCCAUGAGCAGCAAACUCUACAGAAAGCAUCAGAUCAAUUACUGUAUGAGCUGCAUUACUGACUGCUGGAAUCAAGAUGAGCAGAGGAGAGUUUACAGCUGCCCUCAGUGCAGACAGACCUUCAUUCCAAGACCUGCUUUAAACAAGAAUGUGGUGUUUGCUGAAAUUGUGGAGAAACUGAAGAUGACAAAAGUCCAAACAACUGACCCUGCGCCCAGUUAUGCUGGACCUGGAGAUGUGGAGUGUGAUGUUUGUACUGGAAUAAAAUACAAAGCCAUCAAGUCGUGUCUGCUGUGUCUGGAAUCUUACUGUCAGACUCACUUUGAGCGUCAUGAGGCUUUUCGCACCGGUAAACGACACAAGAUAACUGAUGCCAGCGGACGAAUCCAGGAGAUGAUCUGCCCAAAACAUGAUAAACUGCUGGAGGUUUACUGUCGGACUGACCAGAAGAGUAUAUGCUUACUGUGUACAAUGGAUGAACACAAAAAUCAUAACACUGUAUCUUCUUCAUCUGAGAGAACGGAGAAACAGAAACAUUUGAAAGACACACAGAGAAAUCUGCAGCAGAAAAUCCAGGAGCGAGAGAAGAAGAUUCAGGAGCUAAACGAGUCUGUGAAAACUCACAAGAGCUCUGCACAGACAGCAGUGGAUGACAGUGAGAGGAUCUUUACUGAACUCAUCCAGUACAUUGAGAAAAGACGAUCUGAGGUCACGCAGAUGAUCAGAGAUCGAGAAAAGACUGAAGUGAGUCGAGCUGAAGGACUCUUGAAGAAACUGGAGCAGGAGAUUGAAGAUAUGAAGAGGAGAAACACUGAGCUGGAGCAGCUUUCACACACUGAUGAUCACAUACAUUUCCUACAGAGAUUUCAGUCUCUCUCUAAACCCUUGGAAUCUACAGAUUUAUCCAGCACUGCUGUCAGUUCUGACUUUCGUUAUGAAGACGUGAGCAAAUCUGUCUCUCAGCUGAAAAUAACAUUAGAGCAGAUCUGUACAAAGGAGAUACAAAACAUACAUGGACAAGCCACAAAAAUUAACUUCUCAGAACUUCUGAGCACUUCUCAGACUGAACCUAAGACCAGCAAGGACUUCCAACAGUAUUUCCAGCAGUUCUCUCUGGAUCGAAACACAGCACAUCAGCGCAUCUGUCUGACUGAGGGCAACACAGUGACGACUUACACUGAUACAGUCCAGCGGUAUCCUGAUCAUCUUGACAUAUUUGACGAAUUUAAUGUGGAAUUGAGUGGGAAUGAGAGCCUGUAUGGAGUGGGUGUGGCCAUCUCUUAUAAGAGCAUCAGCAGGAAUGGAGACAGGACUACAAGUAGAUUUGGAUGUAAUAAUCAGUCCUGGAGAUUGUUCUGCUCUAAGUCCUGUUACAUAUUCUGGCACAUUAACAAACAGACUCAACUCCCUGCAUCUUCCAUCUCCUCCAGAAUAGGAGUGUAUGUUGAUCACAGAGCAGGAGUUCUGUCCUUCUUCAGCAUCUCUGACACAACAAUGAGCCUCAUCCACAGAGUCCAGACCACAUUCACUCAACUGCUCUAUCCUGGGUUUUGGAUAAAUGAAGGCUCAAGAGUCAAACUUUGUCAUAUGUAAAUCAUGAAAAAUGUUCAGAUUAUCACAUGAAUCUUUAUGUUUGUGUAGAACAAAUGUGACGCACUAAUCACUAUAUUAGAGUAACAGGAAAUAUCACAUUAUAUGUGUAAAUUUGAUGAACUCAGUAUCUUCUUCUGUCAAUAAAAAUAUUGGCUGUUAUAAAUGGACUAGGACUUUACAUGAUGGGAUAUGAGUGACAGGCAAAGAAACCAAUCACAUUUGUUGAAAUGUUGCAUCAUGAUUAGGGUUGUGGAAAUGUCCUCACAAUCACAGACCAGUGUGCUUAAAAGUAAAUGAUUAAUUCACAAACACAGGAAAUCAAGUGAUAAUGUAUGGAGAUUUCUCAGAUUCUGUUCUUUUUUUUCUGAUGAUGCAUUUCUAAACGAAGAUCACGGAGACUGAGAUUGUGGAAAAUGCAGCCUAGUUUGUUUUAUUUAUUUUACAAAAGCAUUUCCUGUAAAUGUAUUUAUCCACAAAUAAAACAGACUCUCAGUUUUGA